AUGGCUGCAGAUGAAUUAAUUCUCCACGAUUUAUUCGGUUAUAUUCAACAACAUCUUGUUACAUAUAAAGUUCAAUGGAUGGAAGAUAAUUUUGAUUUAGUGCGUCGCACCGUUUUUCAAAAUGACCGUCUAAAAAGACUUCAAGAAUAUUGUGUUGGAAGAAUAUGUAAAAAUCCUUCUUUAUUAUUUGAUUCUGAUGAUUAUCUUUCUGUUAAUAUUAAUGUUCUAUUAAGAAUAUCAUAUGGUACCGGAUUGUCCGCGACCUAUCUCGUUAAUGCCCUCUAG